AGGGACAGCGCAGGGGCAGCGUCCGGCCAUGGCCGGGGCGCGCAGGCUGGAGCUGGCCGAGGCCCUGGCGCUGGGGCCUGGGUGGCGGCAUGCGUGUCACGCUCUUCUCUAUGCUACAGACCCUGGCAUGCUCUUCGGCCGCAUCCCGCUGCGCUACGCCGUACUGAUGCAGAUGCGCUUCGAUGGGCGCCUGGGUUUCCCCGGUGGCUUCGUGGACACGCAGGACAGCAGCCUGGAGGACGGGCUCAACCGCGAGUUGCGCGAGGAGCUGGGUGAGGCGGCCGCUGCCUUCCGCGUGGAACGCGCUGACUACCGCAGUUCGCACGCAGGGUCUGGGCCGCGCGUGGUGGCCCACUUUUAUGCCAAGCGUCUGACGCUCGAGCAGCUGUUGGCAGUGGAGACUGGCGCAACACGAGCCAAGGACCACGGGCUGGAGGUGCUGGGCCUGGUUCGGGUACCACUGUAUACCCUGCGGGAUGGUGUGGGAGGCCUGCCUACCUUUCUGGAGAAUUCCUUUAUUGGUGCUGCCCGGGAGCAGCUACUGGAAGCCCUCCAGGAUUUGGGACUGUUGGAAUCUGGCUCAGUCUCAGGCCUUAAGUUCCCAGCUCGUCACUAGAGGCAACCCUCCGUGGACCCAUGGAACCUGAGAUAAGGACCUUGGUACUAAAGAGGGAGGGAGGGAAAGGAGAAUGUUUUCUCUUCUGGCCUAAGAGAUGAUAGAUGAUAUCAGAUUAAAAUAAGGAUCAGUGUGUACAGUAUGUUUUGAGCAGCAGACCCUCCAACUCAGGGCAUCAGAGGCAAAAAUCCACAGCUCAUGCCAGGGGCUCUUGCAGAUUUUCAUAGCCUGCCUCCUCUUUGUAUGUUUGCACACACAACCUCACACCUAUCCCCCUUCGAGUCUUGUUUGUCCAGGAAGUAGCGUUUGUUACCAUACCCUGCUCCUUGAUGGCAAGGAUCUUCCAAAGCAAUAGCAGGUCUCUCCCCACAUUCCUCUGUGGCUGCUCUCCAGCGUCUAGCCCAGUCUAUAUUUGGUGGGGAGGAUAGAGAAGCAGAGGACCCUCUUUGCUUUCUGAAAGUAGUCAUACCCUUGUCUGAGGGUUGACCAAAGCAAUUGGCUUCUAAAAGGUAGGAGAGGGUCUCAGCCAGUCCCCAAUCCUUUUCUUCCCCUGAAAUUGAGGAGAAGGAGUAAUGAAGUGGCUAGGUCUCCUUGAACUUAGCAUGGACCUGAGACCUACGAAUCCUGGUGCCUCUCCUCCGGAGCUUUCAUCCUGGGACCCCUUAGACUCUGGGGACAUCAGAAGGGAACUGACCUAACCCCUGUCUAGCCCUGUUGUGCCAAAAAGAGCCUUCCAUUAUAGAAAGAGACUUAUAGCUUGGCCUUGAGGUUCUUCACUUCUUUCAGCAGAUAUUUAUUUUGUACCUAUUAAAUGCCAGGUAGUAUAAAAGAUGCAGAGAGUCAUAGGCCCUUGCUUUCCAAGACUCUAGAGCAGGGGUGAGCAAAUAUUUUUUAAAAGGGCCAGGGUAUAAACAUUUUAGGCUUUGUGGACCACAUGGGUUUUUUUGGCAACUAAUAACUCUGCCGUAUCAAGAGCACACAGACAAUUCAUAAACAAAUGAGUGUGGCUCUGUUCCAGUAAAACUUUUAAAAAAGCAGCUGGCCAGCCUCUGGGCCAUAGGUUGUCAAUGCCUGUUCUAGAAGAGAAGAGAAGAUUAAUCAUUUUAAUUGUAAUGCCUACUUACUUGUUACUUAACUAUUGAGAAGGAAAUAAACAAGGAACUGAUACAGUC